AUGAGUUCACCGACCCUCAAGGAGAACACAUUCUCCCAUAGCGGAGACAAGACCACCUUUUACUGGUCUGCUGGCCCUUCUGGGGGACCUCUCGUUAUCUUCAUCCACGGAUGGCCCGCCAACGGGGAGACAUGGAAGCCUCAACUUCUCACACUUGCGUCUCUGGGAUUCCGCGUCAUCGCACCGGACACUCGUGGCUAUGGACGUUCUAGCGUGCCUAAGGAGUACAGUGCCUAUGCUCUAGAGCACCAUGUCUCGGACAUGCUCGCAUUGCUUGCUCAUCUCGGCCGUAACAAGGCCGUCUGGAUCGGCCACGACUGGGGCGCUGGUCUCGUCUGGGGCUUCGCCGCGCAGCACCCGGAGAAGUGCGUUGGAGUGUGUUGCAUGACCGUGCCUUACUACGUUCUCGAGCACGGUUUGGAGGGCCUCGUCUCCCUCUCUAACCGCGACUUGUAUCCUGAGGAUAAAUACCCCCUCGCUCAAUGGGACUAUCAGGCUUUCCAUCAAGAGCAGCCCGAAGAGAGUGCCAAGCAGCUGGAGGCAAAUGUAACCAACACCGUCAAGCUGCUUUACCAACCGGGCAAGCCGGAUGCCUAUGGCAAGCCUGCACCCUUUGCGUCGAUGCGGGAAAAGGGCGGCUGGUUUGGUGGUGCCCCGGCUGCCCCGGACUUCCCCUUUGAGAAGACGUUGUUCAAGAAUGACAAACCUGCCUUUGACCGAAUGGUGGCUGAGUUUGAACAAAACGGUUUCGAGGGCCCCAACGACUACUACCGCAACCACGAAGCCAACAGAGUAUACACCAAGAAGGCCCCGAACGGGGGUCGGCUCAGCUAUCCGGUGCUAUUUAUAGAAGCACGCUGGGACGGCGUAUGCGAUACUGCGAUUUCCAGGCUAAGCGAGCCUAUGCGGGAGAUGUGCGACGAUCUCACCGAGGUGAGCAUCGAAGCGGGACACUGGGUCGCAAUGGAGAAGCCCGCGGAGACAAACGCUGCGAUUGUGAGAUGGAUUGCCACGAAGCUGCCGGCUUAUUUCCCUGGGUACUGGAAGACACCAUUUGUGUCCAACAAAUUGUGA